UUGUCCCGGUAUUCUGGAUGUAUUCGCGGGGACUGUAGCCGCGGCCCCCCGCUCUGUGCAGUCACCAGGGGGCACGCACAGAGUAAUAACAAUAAUAAGAAGAAUGCUCGUGCCUUUCAGGAAAACCUGCUGAGACGAGCCCGCCGCCUCGCCUCUCCCGCCCGCCCCGCGUGGACGCAGACCGGCCGCGCGUGCUGGAGCCGCGCGCUUAGCUUCAUGACGCUGUUCCUCCUGCAGCCCCCCCAGUCUAUAUCCCGACGUAGUGGUGAAUUGAACAUGGCGACUGUACCAGUGUAUUGCAUCUGCAGAUUACCUUACGACGUGACCCAGUUUAUGAUCGAAUGCGACGCCUGCAAGGACUGGUUCCACGGCAGCCCCAAAGUAAACCCUGCCUUCCCCCCGUCAGGAGCGGACGCCCGUCCCGUGGUUUCCCCCCCGGCCGUUUCUUCCCAGCGCAUUGUUGGAAAAUCACGACCCGAGUUUGAGCUGAGCCCCGUAACAGCCUUCCGGCCGGGCAGGCGGCAGCAGCAGCUAUGGCUGACAAUAGCCCGCGUCCGGAGCUCCUCAAGGGAGGAAAAAAUGACUUUGUUCAAACUCGUGAGGCCGGUUGGGCUCUACUUUGGGCGCAGGCUAAUUGCUGCGCUGUCUCGCUGCCAGCGGGCAGAUGUGCUGCCCGCUGGCACCCAUCACUUUCCCCCCGCCGUCCAUGUGCUGUAA